AUGCCCACUUCCUCAAAACAGGACACCCACAGAAGGCGCAGCUCCAGUGUCACCGCAGCCCUCAACCAGAUCCCUUUGAACCAGCAAGGCGAUGGUAUACUCCCCCUCAGAGUCAAGUCUCGGCCCUCCUUCCACCCUGUCCUGGGAACCCCCAGCAAAGUGAAAGCCAGACCGCUGUCCCGGCGAUACGUAUCGGACGGCCUAUGGAACGACGUCAAGACUGGGAAAUGGCUGCUGAUACCCUCAUCGUCGCUCAAGCUCUCCCUCAUUGCCCCCAUCCUGUGUCUCCUCCAUGUUGGCCUCGCCUAUGUAGGUGUAGAGGCGUUCCAACCCGGCGGACAGAUCCCCAACAUUGGCGCAAAGUGUAUGUUGCCUUCAAACGAGCAGGAUGGAGGGUACGCAAAGACGUGGUGGGAUGUGGCGUUGCUGGUGCAUUACAUCGUGUUUUGGACAUUCGUGAGGCAGUUUAUGACGCUCAAAGUCUUGGCUCCGCUGGCUUUUAAACUGGGCGUGCGGGGAGGCAAGAUAACGCGAUUCACCGAGCAGGGAUAUGCCGUCUUCUACUAUGGUAUCUACGUCACGUACGGCCUCUACGUGAUGCGCUCUCUGCCCACUUGGUACUACAAGACCGAAUACUUUUUCAUCGACUAUCCCCACAAAAUCAUGUCAUUCCGCCUUAAAUUCUACUAUUUGACUCAAUGGGCGUUUUGGGCGCAGCAGACGAUCAUUUUGGCGGCCAAGGUGGAAAAGCCGAGGAAGGACUAUAAGGAGCUGGUUUUGCAUCACAUUGUGACCAUUUGGCUGAUCUUUUGGAGCUAUAUGGCUCAUUUCACCUACUUUGGCGUGGCCAUCUUCUUUACAAUGGAUACUUCCGACCUCUUCUUCUCUCUCGCUAAAUGCGUCAACUAUGUGUCCGACUUUUGGUCCAUCCCCUUCCUGGUCUGGUUCACAAUCGCCUGGACCUACCUCCGCCACUACCUCAACCUUCUCAUUCUCUACAAUCUCCCCACCCAGUAUGACCUCAUCCCAGUCGCCGCCCGCUCAAAAAUUGACUUUUUCAACGACUCGUAUCUGGACUCUUAUGGGUUUAUGAAGUGGCAGAUCUUCAUCCCGAUCGCGUUAUUGCAGGCGUUGAACCUGUUUUGGUACUUCUUGAUACUGAGGAUUCUGGUGAGGGCGGUAUGGAACUGGGGCGAGGAUGUGAAGGAUGAUCGGUCAGAGGAUGAAGAUGAGUGA